AAAAUCUCAGGCCCAUGUUCCGACAACUAUACAGGAUGUCACGCCACAGUUUUUUGUCACAACAAGUAUUGAUGGACACAACUACAUUCAGCUAGCUGAUAAACAUGAGGAUAAAGAAUCAUCAAGAAGGAAUGGACAGAAUUUAGCUAAUCAUGUGCAAGAACCAAGUUAUUAUGAAAGUCAGGAACACUAUGAUAAUCAGGAACAGUAUGCGAAUCAGGAACAGUAUGAGAAUCAGGAACUUUAUACAAAUCUAGAUCAAUAUGUGAAUAAAGAGUAUCAGAAUACACCUCUGUCUCCAGUUUUUAAACCCUUCGCACAAGAUAAAUACCAAGAAAUAUAUCCGGAGAACCCAGGCUUUUCUCCACAGUCAAACAUCCCACUUCCAUUUAACACUGAGAACUCAAAACCAUCAGGCUACAACCCAUACCCGGAGCAAAAUAAAUAUUCGACCCGUCCUGAACCUACGAGCUAUAACGAAAUCAGCAACUCACCAGUAAACAAUGUGGAGUUUUCAAAACCCAGUCAACAUCAAGACGACAUCUAUCCUGUCUACAAUUCGUACAAUGAUAAUAGAAAGAUUGAUAUUUAUCCAGAUAUUGAAGCAAACAGAUUGGAGAAAAAUUCAGAAAAUAAUGAUAUUUUCAUGUACAAUCAGUUUAACAGUAACGAUAGUCCCCAAAAUGAAUACAACCAACGACAUCAAGAAUACAACAACCAACGACAUCAAAAAUACAAUAGUCAACCACAUCAAGAAUACGACAGUGAUCCACAUCUAGAAUACAACAGCGGAUCCCAUCAAGACCAUUUUAACAAAUUCAAACAUAAUUUUAUUAUGAAUCCUGAUAAAUGGGUUAACCAUGAGUGGACUGGGGACCAAAGAUUGAAAAAACAAAUGAAUUGGAAUAAAAAAAAUUUCAAUAACAUUCCAAUAUUUGAAACUGGAAGAAAGCAUGGAUGGAACAGGAGAAAUAAUGCCAAGGUUCCAGAAUACAGUUGGGAACACUCCCUUAAUAGACCUGACAGGUUUAAGGAACACUCCCCGGAUGAUCAUUACACAAAGGAACACUCCCUUCACCGCCCAAUUCCGUUUAAUGAUAUUUGGAAACAAACAAACCGAAGAGACUAUAAGGAUGCGAAGAUCAAGGAUAUUGUGGAACAAGAGUUUCAUAAAGGAGCAACUAACUCCCAGGAAGGGCAUAUGGUCUACCAGGACGAUAGAACAAUAGUCAUUCAACACUUUCAAACCAAUCCGUUCAACAACCACCGUCGAAAUGACCGCCGGUUUUCUCCGAACCAGACGCCGAUGACCCUGCCUGGAAACCGGCGGGCGAAUAUUCGUCUGAUCUCUAAACCAACCUGGGGCAAUUUUAACCAAGCUGAACACUAUCCCUGGAGCAGUAGGAUUCAAUCUAACCGCAGAAGUGACGAGGGACCGAGGGCUAUCUCCCCUCCUUCAAACAGGAUUAUUUACCGUCCCUCCCUCUCAGAAGGAUUUGCAGGUUUAAUCGCGGGUCUGAUACCUAUUGGAGCUAUAAUGGCAACCUUCUUGGGAGCAGGAGUUGGUAGAGGAAGAAGAAAAAGAGAAGUUAAAGAUAUGAAUAGAAAAGGAGAGGCAGCAGACGCCAUUUUGUUGGAAUCUCAGGAAGAGAUGAUAAUGGAUCAGAAAGAAGCUGAACUGAAAACAAAUCUUGAUGAGUUUGUUAAAAAGUUUGUUGAUAUCGAUAAUCUGUAAAUCAUAAAAUUCUCGAGAAUUCGCCUCCUCUCUUUUUUAUCUUUAAUGAUCAAUCUCGCAGUCCUUAACUUGUCCUAGCCACAGCGCUCAGGACAAACCGUUCUCUAGAAAUUCAGGGGGGCACUAGUUUUCCAUUCAUAUAUACUUUCAAGUGUGACGUUAUUGUUCAUGCUUUUAUUUUUGUAAAAUAAACCAAAGGUUUGGAUUAAAAUUAUUCUGCAAAUUAUCAAAAAGCAUGUUUUUUGUUUGUUAAUAUAAUGAGAUUGAGACCCUCCAAAGUCCGGUUUGAUUUAAAAAAUUAUAUUCAAUUUUUUUUCCCAUCCUUUAAUUUACAAUGGUUCCGACCCCUUAACUUCAUCAUUUUUCCUUAAAACAAAAGAAAAAUGAUGGAGUUAUCUUAGUUUUUCUAUUUUGAAAUUGAUUAUUUUCAAUUGCGGAUGCAGAAGAGACAGGAAAAUUAUUUUUUAAAAGCGAGGAAAUCUUCUUCUGUAUUAAUCUGAUAAAGAGUUAAAAUAAGCUGUUUUGAAUAAUGGCAUGUAAUUCAGGGUCAUCUAAAAUUAUUUCAAAAAAUCACGUCGAUUUGAAUUUGUAAAAUGUUACAGUAUUGAUACUUGAUAA